UCUGGCUUGACAUAUUAACCGUAACGUGGUCUUGGGCAAUUUAUCAUGACGUCGCGGAGUGUCUCAAAAAGGAAAUCUUUAUUACCGGAUUUUAUUCCAAACAAAAAGGACGAGCUCUUACCUCGGAACGUGCUUGGUGUGAAGUGGAGCCCGGUUUCCCGCCCACCCACGACCCGCUUGGCAUGCUAACCGCGUGCACGGUUCACCAUGACGAUCACCUACCAGUACCGCGUGGCCACGGCGUCCCUAGGGGGGUUCGUCAAACUGCUGGCGGCGUGGAAGGGCAGCGUCUACAAGCUCAUGUACAAGGAGAUGAUCCUCUUCGUCGUCUGCUACACCGCCAUCAGCCUCAUCUAUCGUCUGCUACUCAAUGAACCGCACAGGAGAAUAUUUGAACAGAUCGUGAUUCACUUCAACCAUUUCACAAGCCUCAUUCCAGUGUCUUUCGUUCUCGGCUUCUUUGUGGCCAUUGUGGUGAGCCGAUGGUGGCAACAGUUCAUGAACAUACCAUGGCCAGAUAGGACACUGUUCAUCCUGAACACGUAUCUGCACGGACACGACGAACGGGCACGGAUCAUGCGUCGCUCCAUUGCACGCUACAUGCUGUUUGGUCUGAUUCUCAUCUGUCGGUCCGUCAGUGUGGCCGUCAUGAAGAGAUUCCCCACCAUCGAGCAUAUUUGUGAGGCAGGUUUCAUCACGAAGGAAGAGGCCAUAGCGUAUGAGGACGCCCAGUGUGAAUACAACAAGUUUUGGGUUCCACUUGUCUGGGCCAACAGCAUCCUCGUCAAGUCCCGCAAAGAAAACAAGAUAGAGACAGAUUUCGGUCUCAGGAUGGUUAUAGAGCAACUAGCUGAUUUCCGGGACAAGUGCUCUCUGUGUUUUGUGUAUGACUGGAUCAGCAUUCCCCUCGUUUAUACACAGGUUGUGACUUUAGCAGUAUACAUGUUUUUUGCGGCGUGUCUACUUGGACGGCAGUUCCUUGACCCGUCAAAAAGCUACGAAGGAUACGAGUCUGACUUCUACAUUCCCGUCUUCACGUUCCUGCAGUUCUUCUUCUAUAUGGGCUGGCUGAAGGUGGCCGAGCAGCUGAUCAACCCGUUUGGAGAAGAUGAUGAUGAUUAUGACAUUAACUGGCUGAUAGACCGACACACAGCUGUUGCUUUUGCCCUUGUUGACCAGUGCUACAACAACCACCCACCUCUGAUCAAGGACCAGUUCUGGAACGAUGUCAUCGUCUGCGAUUUACCGUACACCGAGGCCUCGAUAAACUCGAAGAAACCCAUCUUCAUGGGCUCUACAUUCAAUAUAGAACUUUCCGAACUGGAAGACCAGAGACUGUUUGUUCCGGACAUGCGCAGUCGAAGAAAGAGCUCCAUCGGUAGCAUCUUCUCCGGAUCCGUCCUCAGUCUCUUUCAAGGAAGACAGAAGAGUUUAGGGUCACGUGACACUCUACAAUCUUACGUCGGUCAUGGACCUCUCGACAAACGAUCCUACUCGUUAGCUAAUGGGAAGGGGAUGUACCUGCAGGUACCAAACGUUCUGUCGCCAUCGGAACGACGCCGACGGGCAUCCAUAGACGUUGCCGAGAUAAACAUGGGAAACAGCAUUCUGCGCGACGAUGCUAUUUUGCUUCAUGAGGGCAGAGCACGUGCACACACGGAUCACUCUGACAGGGAGGCGGAGCUUAAUAAACACCUCAAUAAAAAGCUUAACGUGCAAGUUAAUAACAUGAACUACGGGUCGAAGAAUGGUUCUCAGAAAAUAUCAGAUCAUCAGUCGCCAAGUUCGUCAAGAUUUGUUGUUGACUUUGUGCCAGAUGACGAGUCGAAUUCCAUUCAAGCCAACAACUCGAGGAGGAGUGGCCAGGUUAUUACUGACAAGCAGUUCGGAAAGUCAGUGUCGCGGGCGCCGGUGCUCUCUGCUAUUGAGGAGGGAAAUACAGUGACAAGUCUACGACAGAUUCUCAUGGAGCCAGACGCAAUCAGUGAUUCAGCGUCAUUCUCGGACGCAUUCGAUGACGACCAGGGUCUCGGUCUUUUAUCAGCAACAGGAGAUUCGUCAAGCAUUCAUUCCCUUGGCUCCGACAAAGGUUACAGUGAAUACCAGCCUCUGAAGAGAGUGCAUCUCGUCAAACUUCCCAGCGUACACGUAGAAAACUGCUAGCAUUAUUCUAUUACAACUAACAUGUCACAUAUCUAGCAACUUACAGCGACACGUAGCACAUAGUGCUGAGGGAUUCACAAUACAAAGUUGUGAAUGUCAAACAGAUGUCAAAGGCCAGUAGAAAGAAAAGAAAAGAAAGUUAAAAAGUUUGUUUUGUUUAACGACACCACUAGAGCACAUUGAUUAAUUAAUCAUCAGCUAUUGGAUGUCAAACAUUUGGUAAUUCUGACAAGAGAGGAAACCAACUACAUUUUCCAUUAGUAGCAAGGGAUCUUUUAUAUGCACUAUUCCACAGACAGGACAGAACAUACCACAAUCUAGAAUAUACCUGUCAUGAAGCAUUGGUUAGAAUGGGAAAACCCCCCAAUGAGUCUGCCAAUGGGCUUUGAUCCUACGACAUAAGCAACUCAGAUAAGCAAUAGUCGGACUGUGACAGGGCCCGUGCUUAUACUUCAAUAAAGUCCAGACUUUAAUGUAAUGCUAUUUGAAUGGCAUUACCAUGACGUUAAAGUCUGAACUUUAUUAAAGUCUAGGCUUUAAGGUUUAUAAACACGGGGCCAGAUACCACUCUUCCCAAAAUAAAACAGAUUGCUAAAUUCACACACCUUUCAAACCAGUUUUAAAAAAGUUAUGUGAAAACCCUACCUACUAUGACAAGGUAUCACUUUAAAUUGUCAUUCUUUUCUGAAACUAAGGGAGACAACUGCUGGUUGUUGAACUUAUUCUCCUUCUAUGAACAGAAUACCUUAUUUCACUGCCAUAAACAAUUUGAUAUCAUUUUAAUAUAGUUUAUAUAUAUAUAUAUAAUUAAAUAUUUUAAAGAAAAUUCAAUUAUAUACUUUUUUGAUAAAAUAAAAUGUUUCAUGGAAGAGCAUUAAAGUGAAACAUUCUUCAAAUUUUAGUGCCAUGUAUUACAACAUUGACAGGAAUAUAUUAUUAAAAUGUUUAUCU